AUGAGUAAGGAGCUGAUGUCUCGGCUGGUGAAGAAGAGACAGGCUGACCCAAAGGUUGUCCAGUACAUAUGGGCAGCUAUAGAGGUCAUCCGCAACCAGAAACAGAUUGCCAAUGUGGACCGCAUCUCAAAGUACCUGAGCCGUGUGUUUGGGGUUCCGCCUAAGGAGACGGGCAGACAGCUGUGUUUGGCAGUGAAGGACGGUGUGGUGGUGGAGACCCUGACCGUGGGCUGUAAGGGAUCCAAGGCUGGCGUUCAGCAGGAGGGAUACUGGUUACCCGGAGACGAGAUGGAGGCGGAGCCACACGACUGGUACUGUUUUGAAUGUCACUUGCCCGGCGACGUGCUGACGUGCUACUCCUGUUUCCGUGUUUUCCAUCCACGCUGUCUCCAUGACGACCACAAACCCCGCGACUCCAGCUCUCACUGGCAGUGCCCUGUUUGUAAGGGCAGUAGAAAGAAACAUCUGAGUAAGCAGGAGAUGAGUAAAUACCUUCGCUUUAUUGUCCAGCGAAUGAAGGAAAGGGCCAUAGACCUGAGUAAAAAAGGUAAAGACAGUAAGCAUCCGAUGUACCGACGCCUCAUACACACAGAGCUGGAAGUGUCCAACAUACAGGAGAAUCUCUCUGUGGGCAGGUAUAAAACCUUUGAUGAGUUUAAAGCAGACGCCCAGCUGAUUGUACAUAACACAUCCAUUCUGUACGGAGUGCAUAGUGAACAAGCUGAGAUCGCCAGACUACUCUACAGUGACACUUGCCAUGAGUUGAAUGAGAUGCAGUUGUGUAAGACGUGUUUUUACCUGUCUAAUGCCAGACCAGACAACUGGUUCUGCUAUCCCUGUACUCCGAAUCAUGAGCUGGUGUGGGCGAAGAUGAAGGGCUUUGGUUACUGGCCUGCUAAGGUUCUUCAGAGAGAAGAGAACCAGGUGGACGUGAGAUUCUUCGGACACCAGCACCAGAGGGCGUGGAUCAGCGCGGAGAACAUCCAGCCCAUCGGUGUGAGCGUGUGUGAGCUGCAGGUGAAGAGGAGUGGGGGUUGGAGGAAGGCGUGUGAGGAGAUGGAGCUUUACCAGCGCUUCCUCAGAGAGGGACGCAUGUGGAGGAGCAGCAGGAGUGAAGAACAGAGAAUGGAGGAGAGGAGAGAGGAGAGACAACAAGAGGAGGCAGAGUCCAGCAUCUCUUCCACCAGCAAUGAGCAGUUACGGGGGAGCCAGGAACCCAAAGCCAAGAAAAGUCGACGCACCCAGUCUGUCCAGUCCACCCAGCCCAAAGAGGAGACCAGUCCUGAGAUGGAAGCUGUCAGCUCGAGUCAGGAGAUCGCCACAGCAACACCCCAACAACCAGAGAAGCUGUCUGUUGGUACACAGACACGAAAGGUCGUGACCCCAUCUCCACGGAUACAGCACCGUGGCACACAGACCAGCGGAGAGGGAGGAUGCCAAAACAUGUGUCAUGAAAAAUACACCAAAAUAUUCUCUGAUGUCAGAGAGAUGAUGAAGGAAGACAAUCAGAGAGAGACAGAGAGAGCCGUCCGAGAGGCCUUGGAGAAGCUACGUUCUGAGAUGGAAGAGGAGAAGAGACAGGCGGUCAGUAAAGCAGUAGCAUCGGCGCAGGCAGAGAUGGAGAGAAAAUGUAAACAGGUGAGGGAGAGCUGUAAGGAGGAGCUUGUGGAGGAGGUGAAGAAAAUGGUGGCACAGCACAAACAGCUCAUCUCUCAGACCAAGAAGAAACAGUGGUGUUAUAACUGUGAGGAGGAGGCCAUGUAUCACUGUUGUUGGAACACAUCCUACUGCUCGAUAAAAUGCCAGCAGGAGCAUUGGCAUGCAGACCACAAACGCACCUGUCGUCGAAAAAGAUGAAUGCACCCUCGCUGUUUUACCCUGUCUCCACAGCCCUCCAAUCACAACUCACACUGCCCCGCGCUCCAAUCAGAAGCCAACCCACCCACUAGCCCUCCAGUCACAGUUUAUACCGCCCCUACACUGUCCAAUCAGAACCUAUACCCACAAACCAGCCCUCCAAUCACAAUUAUACUGCCCCUACACUGUCCAAUCAGAACCUAUCUCCACCCACCCACCAACCAGGCUUGCAUUCACCCGCCCCCCUCCCAGAGCUCACAGUCCACCCCCAGGCUGUUCUUCUCAUUCAGUAUGUUUACUUUUUUUAGGAUCAAGGUGAUACAGUUCCUUAUUGUCAAAUUCCAGAGGUCUGUUUAAUUCUCAUUCUCAGACUGAGUUUAUAUGGCUGUGAACAGGUGCAUAUUUAAACACGCUGUCAUAGGAGAGAAGCAUUAACUGAAAAAGAUGAGAAAACAUUUUAUGACCUGAAUUUUUAAUCCCUUUUCUCACAGACAGUAUUUUAAAUGACCGCCUGCAGUAUCACUUAAAAAUGUUACAUUCACAUCAUACAAAUGAUGAAAACUCGUAGUUUUCAAGUAUUGAAGCAUUUUUAAAAACUGUUUUAAAACAGAAAAAAUACGACUAGAGAGAUGUAGCCAGUGAUGGGCAGUUUGAGUUUGGUCACAUGAUGACAGCCUGUCCGUUUCCAGGGAAACGGAGGGCCAUGACAACAGACGGAAAAAUGAAGACAUGCUGACUUAAACGUCCCUUCAUCAUUCACAACACGAGUGACUGUUCACUCAUAUGAAGAUAACACAGAGAGAAGGAGAGAGGGAGGGGAGGAGAGAGAAACAGAGAGGGAGAGGGUGGGGGGCUGUUUUACUGAGGGUUAGAGUUUGAUCACUUUUUGUAUCUUAGUCGUUGGCUCUUAAAGCCCUUCUCCC